AGCAGCAGCACCAGCAGAAGUGAAGCUGCUAGGCGAAGCCCGCUGGCCGGCCGGGAAGAGCAUGAAGAGCUGGGUGCAGAGCCACCUCCACGUCGGCCUCAUCGUCGGCGUCCUCCUCGUGCUCCUCACCUAUCUCAUCGUCUCGGAGCAGGCUGCGACGACCAGCGGCACCAGAGUUGUCACUACGGUAGCAGAAUGGCUCGUGGAUAAACAGCUGAGUGAAGGAACCAGUGAAACUGUUGUCACUGCGGAAGCACAGCAGAUCGUGAACAAACAGCUGAUUCAAGCUCCUAGUGAAACAGAGAAGCCCACCAAGGUGCUGUGCAGCACGGAGGAGCGCUUGUCCGACUACUGCGAGCUCGAUGGCGACGUCCGCAUCCGCGGCAGAGCCUGGUCGGUGGACGUCGUCCCCUCGACCUGGUCGGAGCGCCGGGAGUGGAAGAUCCGGCCGUACUCGCGCCGGAGCGCGACCCACGUCGACAUGGUCAACGUGACGCAGCUGCAGGGCCCGUCCGCCGCCGCCCCGGCAUGCACGGUGACCUACGACGUGCCGGCCAUCAUCUUCGCGCUCGGCGGGUACUCCGGCAACGUCUUCCACGACCACGCCGACGUGCUCCUGCCGCUCUUCUACCUGUCCCGGCAGUACGGGCGCGAGGUCCAGCUCCUGGUCAUCAACCGCGUCCAGCCGUGGUGGCUGGGCAAGUACGCGCUCGCCCUGCGCCGGAUGUCCAGGUACGACGUCGUGAACCUCGACGGCGACACCCACGUCCGCUGCUUCCGGCGCGUCACCGUGGGGCUCCGCCUGCACAAGGACUUCGGCAUCGUCCCGGAACAGGUGCCCGGCGGGGUCCGCCUCGCCAUGCCCGACUUCACCCGGUUCCUGCGCGAGGCCUACUCGCUCCCGCGCGGCGCGACGACGAGCCUGACCGAUCCCAGCAAGAAGCCGCGGCUGAUGCUGAUCCAGCGGCAGCCGCACCGGCGGUUCCUGAACGAGAAGGAAAUCGUGGCGGCGGCGGAGGAGGCCGGGUUCGAGGUGGCGGUGACGGAGCUACGCAUCGACGCGGCCGUGGACGCGCAGGCGCGGCUGGUGAACUCGUUCGACGCGAUCCUGGGGCUCCACGGCGCGGGGAUGACGAACGAGGUGUUCCUGCCGCCGGGCGGGGUGCUCAUCCAGGUGGUGCCGCUGGGGAAGCUGGACCUGAUGGCGAGGGUGGAGUACGGCGAGCCGGCGGCAGAGAUGGGGCUCAAGUACCUCUGCUACAACAUCACCGUGCAGGAGAGCUCGCUGCUGGAGGAGCUGGGGCCGGACGACCCGGCGAUCACGGACCCGGACUCGGUGCACCGGAGGGGAUGGGCCGCGCUCUACGACAUCUACCUCACCAGGCAGGACGUCCGCCUCGACAUCGCCCACCUCAAGCUCACGCUCGCGGAGGCCAUGGAGCACCUCAGGCGGCAGUAGGGCCAGGUGGAUCGAUCCGGGAUCGGAGACACACGUCAUGCGUUUCAGGACAUGUUAUCCGAUACUAUAGUUCGUUAUUUGGUGAACCAUUUGCGUGGUAGAAUACACGCUAUAUAUAAGUGGUCCCUUAUACACAAAA